AGGGGUUUGGUUACUGUUGCUGCUGCAGCAAUGAGAACAUCAGCGAGAGAGGAGGCGAGGGGAAUAAGCCUGCAACGUUAAGAGCGCUGAGCAUGCCUCAACAUGGACUCUGUUAUCAUGUGUGACAGAUACAGUAAAGGCUAGGGCCGAAUGUACUGGAUACUGAGUAGACUCUUUUAAGAUCUAGAUACUAAGAACUGCUAAGUAUGAAGACACUCCAAGCAGUCAAAGUGAUUUUUUCAAAGGCAACUGGGCCCUGGUUACUACAUUCCUAACACCCAACACUGAGCUGUGCUUGUGGACGUUAUUGCAGCUGGAAUUUGUAUUCAUGAAGAUUCCUGACAUUGGUAAUGUGAUGAAUAAAUUUGAGGUCCUUGGGAUUGUAGGUGAAGGAGCCUAUGGUGUGGUAUUAAAGUGUCGGCAUAAGGAGACAAAUGAAAUUGUGGCAAUUAAGAAGUUUAAGGACAGUGAAGAAAAUGAAGAGGUCAAAGAGACAACGCUUCGGGAACUUAAGAUGCUUCGGACGCUGAAGCAGGAGAACAUCGUAGAAUUAAAAGAAGCCUUUCGCAGACGAGGGAAGCUCUACCUGGUGUUUGAAUAUGUAGAAAAGAACAUGCUAGAAUUGCUUGAAGAGAUGCCAAAUGGAGUUCCACCAGAAAAAGUCAGAAACUACAUUUACCAGUUAAUUAAGGCCAUUCACUGGUGCCACAAGAAUGACAUUGUCCACCGUGAUAUUAAACCUGAAAACCUCCUAAUCAGCUACGAUGACAUCCUUAAGCUCUGUGAUUUUGGAUUUGCUCGAAACUUGUCAGAAGGCAGCAAUGCUAAUUAUACGGAGUAUGUGGCCACACGAUGGUAUCGUUCUCCAGAGCUGCUCUUAGGAGCUCCUUAUGGCAAAGCUGUGGACAUGUGGUCUGUAGGAUGCAUCCUGGGAGAGCUCAGUGAUGGGCAACCACUUUUCCCAGGUGAGAGUGAAAUCGACCAGCUAUACACGAUCCAAAAAGUACUUGGACCAUUGCCACCUGAACAAAUGAAACUUUUCUACAGCAACCCUCGCUUUCAUGGCUUACGGUUCCCAGCAGUUAAUCAUCCACAGACUCUAGAAAGAAGAUACUUGGGAAUCAUUAGUGGUGUCAUGUUGGAUCUUAUGAAGAAUUUGCUGAAGUUAAAUCCAUCAGAGAGAUAUUUGACGGACCAAUGUUUAAAUCAUCAUGCCUUUCAAACGCAGCGGCUACUGGAUCGCACUGGGGGCUCAUCACCUUCACGCACGUCCAAAAGGAAAUCAUAUCAUGGAGAGAAUAAUGCCCCUUCAAGCAGGAGCCAUGGUAGUAAAAGUGGAGGGCUACAGUCUCACCACAGAUCGAACAGCAAGGAUGCUCAGACUCUAGCAUCCAGCCUGCCCCGAGAAGAACACCAUCAAGCUGCUGACGCCUUUCUCAAUGGUAACCUGCCACCUGCAGCUGCACUCAGUCCCACCAUGCACCCCAAGAACUAUCAGCAGCAGACUCUCAGCCGCUCAGUGUCAAGCAACAAGGACCUGGCCAACAAUAAUUUGCCUCAUCUUCUUAGUCCAAAGGACACCAAGGGAAAGACCGAAUUUGACUUCAACGUGGGAUCCAAAGCUUCUGAAGGCCCUGGAGCAAAAUACCUGAAGUCCAAUAUUCGUUCACUACAGAACAGACAUUCAUUUAUAGAAGGGAAAACGGGAACUCUGCAAUCGGGAGAGAAACACAACCGACAUAGCUACAUGGAUUCCAUGCACAGCUCCAUGCCUCCUCCUUCCAAAAACUCCCCUGCAUACCUGACACUCUCCAAGAGCCACGGAGUCCUCACAGACUCAAAGUCUGUUGGAAAUCUUAGCGAUGCACGCAUGCACCUUGAAGACCCUAAUUCCCGCUACUUCCCGUCCAGCUGCAUGGACCUUAAUGCUCCUACGAGCCCAUCAGCUCCAAGGCAUAGCGACAGCCGACCUGUGAUAAGUCCCUCUGGGCGCACUAACCGAAUAGAGAGUGGCACCCUGGACUCUCGAAGGCCAUCAACCCGACACUCCAAAGCUGUGGAUGAAUUGAAGUCACCUGACCAUGUGGAUGGUGGUGGAGGACACGCUCAUUCACUUUCUGCUCCCCAUGAGUCUUUUCCAUAUGGUCUGGGUUACACUAGUCCUUUUUCAUCCCAGCAGAGACCUCAUAGACACUCAAUGUAUGUCAGGAGAGAGCGACCGAGAAUGCAGGGCAACGAAGGAGGCCUGGUUGUUGGCCAGGGCAUGCAGUCCCGUGCCAGUAGUCUCCAGCUUCUUUCUCCACAAGUACAGCAUCGAACUCUUACAAGACAUUCUGCAGGAUCCUCAAGGGAAGACUGCAGUGAUGAAAUGGCCAGGAGUGACCAGUCUCAAACCGAAGUGAACCAUUCACGACCACCCAUUAAGGAUUCUACCAGGGAUAACACAACGUCAUUCCAUUCACAACGGCAAAAAUCAGACGUGCCGGUCGGAGUUUACCAUGAAUCUCACCCUGACGAUGGAGCAUCAUCAAAGGAAAACAGAAUAAUAUAUACUGACUCUAUCCCAAGAAGGGUUGGAAGUUUUUAUAGAGUUCCAUCACCCCGACCAGAAGCAACAUUCCAUGACAGCGCAGUACAAAGCCGUGUGUCUGCUGUUCCAGGAGAUACUAAUUCAAUGUCAAACCACCCAAAGAGACAAUCUUCUUUUGAUCCUUGGAAAAACUCAGAGAAUGUAAGUGUCAGCCCUCCAGAGCCAUUAAAAGAGAAAGAGAAACAGGGAUUCUUCAGAGCAAUAAAAAAGAAAAAGAAGAAGUCUCAAACGACGGAAAGCGGCGAUGGAAAGAAUCCAAGCAUCAAGAAAUGCCUAUUUCCUCUUUUUAAUUCAAAGAAUAAUAUAAAGCAUAGCUCCUCUUUGAAAGCUCUACCUGUAGUCACUUCACCCAUGGUACCAGGCACUGAUGCUCAAGACCCUCUGCCAGUACAAAAGGCAAUCCGAUCUUCAAAUCACCAGGGCAGCAGACACAGGAACAGAGAUCGAGAUAGAGACAGAGAUCGGGACCGGGACCGAGACCGAGAAAGAGAACGGGACAGAGACCGGGAACGAGAGCGGGAUCGAGACCGAGAACGAGACAGGGAGCGAGACAGAGAAAGGGACAGAGAAAGGGAAUGGCUUCCCGAGAAUAUGACUGAAGCGCAUUCUCAGAGCCAGCCAUUAAAAUCCUUAAGGAAACUUCUUCACCUAUCUUCAUCCUCUAACCACCCUACCACAUCAGAACUGCGCUUCCAGCCGCUGCCUAACCAGCCAUCGAAAUCAGGGUUUGGAGAAGGACGUGGGCAUCCAGGUGGUGGUGGCAGCAGUGGGGUUCCUUCACAAUCCAAGAGCAGGCAGGGCUUCCAGCUCCCAGGACAGAUGGAAUCCAGCUGGCAUGUGCCCCCUUUAAACCGCACCGGAGGUGAUGGGACCCCAUAUUCUGACCAAAUGCCUCCAAAAGGCAGCCAGAAUGGGCAUGGCUUUAGCCGAUCAUCUCGUUCCCGGAUGCCAAAUCUCAAUGAUCUGAAGGAAACAGCCCUGUAGUGAUUACCAUUACUGCUCCUUCCCUUCUAAUGGAAAAUUUCCAAAAUUACACUGUCACGUCUGCUGCCUAGUAGAAACAUUAAAAUAAAAGAAAAGAAAAAAAAAAAUAAGUCAGGUUUGUGAAGCAGGUGUUCCCUUUUCCCCAAAGGCUCACGUUCUAAAUGUAUGUCUUAAUUUUUUAAGCUUCCAUAUUUGAUAGAAUUUGUAUUAUUUAUGAUGUUCUGAUUAUUACUUUCUUGUUAUAUGGUUAUUAUGUCACUGUUAAAAUGGCAAUUUAAAAAAGUGAAAAAAGUGCUGCAGCUUUUGUUUCUAUACAAAAUAUGAAAAACAAAUCUCUUUCCUGUAUAACAAUUAUAUAUUUCAUCAGAGCUCUUUUAUUCUGAAUGUCUUUAAAUAUUUCCCUGGGACUUAAAAACUCAGAUUUGGUGUGAUGAUAUUACGCCAUGCUUUGUUUUUUUUAUUUCACUCCACCUUUUUCUGAUGGUAUUUUCUAACUUGAACACAGUGUCUUAACAUUUGUGGCUUAAGGGACCUGUUUUCUGUCCAGACUGGCAGAUGGGGAGUUUUGUGGCUCUGAAUGGGGAGCUAGGCACUGACAGUAUAAAAUAAGCACAUUUUAUUAGGUGGUUUUAUGGAUGGUGAGGUUCUCAGGAAGACAGAUUAUAAAAAGAGAAUUCAUAAAAUUACCCAGCUUUAAAUAUGCACAAUUCAGUCCAGUUUAUGAGGUGUGACACCUUGUCAGGUCGAUUGUUGUUUUCACAUUUAUAUGGUGUCAGUAUAGACACAUAAAAGCUGGCACUGACGGGACAUUCUUCAUCCUGAACACUGCCUAGAAGUGGUUAACAACAUGGCUACUGAUUUUCAUCAUUUGGUGUUACUGUACUUCACAUAGAAAAAAAAAAAAACAAGCCAAACACCUCUCUAUUUAACCUUAACAGACACACAAACCCACCAAUCAGCAGGCAUUGUGUUAUUAAAUAGUUGAUAAAGUGACCUUCAGGACUACCUGCUGCUUAGAUUCCUCUUAGGGAUCUGAAAAUACAGUAAAAUUUAUUUCAGCAACUGCAUUGUUACACACUUGUGCAGUCAUGUAAAUGAUGUCAAGGGCGGAUGACGCAAAACAGAAUUCAGCAUGGCAGAUAAAGCAGGAAAGUACUUUGCUUUUCUGUCCUACUAUGUGGACUGUGCUUCAAGAGGUUAAAAAAUGAGCAAAACUUUCAAACAGUUCAGAAAUAUCCAAUGAUUACUAUACAUUGUACACUAAUUUAUUGUGGUGUCCUAAUACAACUACACUAAUGUAGAUUUGGGGUGUGCGUAACCAGUGUAUGUUCUUUAUAGACAAAAAAAAUAUUUUUAUAUUACAGAAACCCAAUUCUUAAUAAAAUAUCCAUUCAUCUAUCCUUUCCCCAAACCAACUUUCUUCAUUUCAAGAUCACAUAGGGAGCCCGUGUCGACUGCAUUCCAGGACCAGGACCAAUCAGGCACCCAUUCAUCUUAACCUGGCACUUAGGGGGGCUAAUUCCAGUCAUCAGUCAGAGAAACGUGCACAUCUUUGGAAUGUGAGACCGAGGUCAGCGGACCCCCCUUGAGUAUUUUUUACAAGUUCUAAUAUGCAAUCCAUUGUUGCAUGGCUGGGUGUGCAAAGGCAAAAAUCAUACAUGAAUAUUAAAAUUGUGGCCAUCUGUUUGUGUGACCUGGUAGCACAUUAUUCUGCAUACUCUCUUGCUCUCCCUCUUCAUAUAUAAAAUAUAUAUAUAUAUAUAUAUAUAUAUAUAUACAGUAAAGAGAUUUAUAUGGGGUAAUGAUCCAUAAAUAAGUGCCUAUUAAAUCCUUCCAUACUGCUUCAUAAUCAUGUUUCAGAUCAUGGGGGUUAAAGUCUAUUUAAACUCAUCAAGCAGAACCAAUCCUGGAUGGGGCACCCAUCCAUCUCAGGCCACACUUUCACUCACUCGUGCAUGGCCAGUACAGAUUCGCCUAUCGACCGCAAGUUUGAUGGAAGGAGGAAAACCCAUGCAGUUACAUGUGCAAACUCCACAAAGAUAAUUGCGCAGGUCUGGCUUUGAACCCAGAGCUGUGGAGCUGUAGGGCUAACCACUAAACAAGCGCAGUGUCUAACAGUGCAGUUGCUAAAUCAAAGUGGGACUAGAAACGGGUGACACAAGAAGAACCGUCCGAGAACUCAGUGUCCAGUGUUGUAGGCCCAUCUGCUAAUGAAGUGACCUGUUUGUGACACACAUUAAAGGUCGUGUUCAGACUUGCUUUGUUCAGCUGCUCUUUUUCCCUUUUUUUUCUUACAGUAAAGCAUGGAUGUGGUUUGAGGGCAGAGAAUCACAUUUGUGUCUUAAAAAAAAGCCAUGUGAGUCCAGAGCACAAUAAAGUGUAUGCUUGUUCCAGGUUGAGCUUAUCAGCGAUACAGGAGUGAUGGACAUGUACUCCAGUUUCUUUUAUUAUUAUUUUAGAACUUUUUUUGAACAUAUUUGCAAAAAAUAUUCAUUUUGUGUUAUUUCCUUAUUUUGCUUUUCUAAGCAAAAAAAAAAAAACAAACAACUGAAAUCUUAUUUGGAAUGAAGUGGAAUAAUGUGAAAAGCAAUGCGUGAAAAGAUUUUAUUCACUCUUGUUGAUGGGUAAGAUUUGGAAAGAUAACUGGAACUGUUCAGAGAAUGUUUGUUAUCAUAAGAUAAUAAUAAAUCAAGUAAUAUCUCUA